ACACGCUGGAGAAAAAAAAUCUAGCCAGCAGCCACUCUGCUCACGUCUGUCUUUGCCGUUAGCUACCUUCUGUAGCGUUUAAUGAUUGCAUCGUUUCACAGUAUCCUAAAUAUAUAUAUAUAUAUUUUACAAUUGCAGUAACCUCUGUCGUUUUUAUUACUAACUCAUUGGGUUGUAAAAAAAUAUCGAAAUUCAAGUUACCUAAUCUAUCGAUUGUUUCGGGGAUUGCACAUGAAUAUCUAGCUAGCUAGCUAGCCUGCUAGCUACAACAGUCAAAAUGGCGGACAACGAGGAUGAGAGCGAUGUGUCAAGUACAACAACAGGGGCAGAUCAUGGUACAAUAUAUCAAGUUCAAUGUGUUUCUGGAUUGCCAGAAAAUGAAACCUCUACAGAAUUGGAAAACCAGAACCAAGUCGGCGAUAAAUGUAUUGAAGCGCAGGGCUUGACAGAUUUCCUGCAAAGCUGCACUAAAGAGGAGACAUUCGUUGCAAAGGACUCCCAAGUGGUUGUCGGCCAAACUGAUGGAAAUGAACAACAACCUGAACAAAACAUAACGUCUAUUGUUGAGACUUCAGGUAUUGCAAAUGGUGCAGAGUAUUCUACAGUCAGUGCUGACUUUGUAAACGCUCUCGCACCUGGAACCACCAUUAUUUAUGUGCAACCAGACGGUAGUUUUGUUGAGGGAUCAGGUCUGACUGCAGAGGAGCAGCAACAGCUAGUGGAGCAGUUGGCCAAACAGCAGCUUGUCACAGUGACAGAGAGUGAGGCUGUUCGUCUGUUUGAACAAAAUCAAGUAAUCAAAACACUCCCUACUACUUCAUCACAGACACAGUAUACGAUUCCAAGUACAGCACUGGCUCCCAAUGAGCUGCAACAAGUGCUAGAGCAAGUGAUCAAAUCUCAGCAAUCCAUGGCCCAGACACCCAAGGAAUCGGAGCAAGUUGUGACCACUUUGGACCCCACAACUGGCUUGUUCACGACUGUUGCAGCUUCAGAGAUUACAGUAGGAAGCCCACAUCCACUGGUCACUAUGCAGAAUGCAUCACAGCAGCUGAAGAAGGUUGCAAAACAAGUGGCACUUCAGUCCCACAAUGGUACGCGCCUGGUCCCGAAAAAGCAGGAAACAAUCAGAAUCCAAGUCCAGAUGCCCUCUGGAAAGCAGGAGGUGAAAGGACCUACGCAGGCUACCAUUUCAAUCCCCCAACAGAAGAACUUGGCUUUGACGAGUCAAGGCCAGCAGGUCAAAGUGUCUACAAAUGGCAGUGUGAGCAGCAGCCCCCAGAUCAUCCACAUCACACCCAUGGUUGGACAGCAACAGUACUUCCUACAGCAGAACCCUGGAGACCCUCCCAUUCAGCUGCUUCUGCAGAGUUCAACCCCUGUGGUUGGCAGCCUGGUUCCCAUUGUGCACAAACUGCCCAUACCUGUUCAGACCCCAGCCCAGCAGCCUUCUGUUAAGGCCCCGGUCAACGGCACAGCAGUUAAACCUGCCACCGCUGCUGCCACCACGUCUGUCUCUGUCCCAGCCUCCACAGUGGAAAAAGUUAAAAGGGUCAAAGCCAGAGUGAAGAAGGCACCAAAUAUCAAAACCCGUUCCGGGAGGGUGUCCAGACCGCCCAAGUACAAGGUGAAGGACUAUAAGUUCAUCAAGACAGAGGAUUUGGCCGAGGGCCAUCAGUCAGAUUCUGAUGAUUACUCUGAGAUCAGUGUGGAGGAAGAUGAGGAUGGCGGGGAUAGUAAAAAGGGAGCAGCAUCUAUGAGUUACAGUCACAAGCGGAAGGCCUUUCAAUGUGAAACGUGCGAUAAAGCUUACAUAGGCCACGGAGGUCUGUCCAGACACUACAGGCUGAAUCCCUCUCACGGUGAACUGAAGUCCCCUCCUGAAGGGACCCCAAAAACGGACAGCCCUGGUAAGAGAGCAGGCGCUGGGGCUGAACAUAAGAAGCCAACUGAAGAGAGUAAUGCCUACAGUGUUAAAAAUACAUCAGGUCCUGAGAAAAGUGAUGCCACAGAGAAAAUGGCUGCUGCAACUUCAACCACUCAACAAAAAGUGGAUACCACGGCAGCCCAAGGAGUAGCAGCUUCUACCAGACAGGCAGUGGGCCAGGUAGUGGUCCAGGCUCGGGGACCAGGGAGGCCCAGAGGACGGGGCAGACCACCUACCAAAGGCCUGCCGAUGGUGGCAGUACACCCAGCAGUGAGACGGGGGCGACGGGGCCGACCCCCAAAGCUAGGAGGGGGAGUAGCCAGUGUGGAGCAGCAGGCCCAGAGAAGGAAAGCACGGCUGAAAGAGGUGACACACGAGUGUGAUAAUGAAGAACUGAUGGAGACUGUGCUCCCUCGCCUGGCUAAGGUCAUGACUGUCUGGGAGUUCCUCUUGAUGAAGGUGGAGAAGGGGCGGCAACCCAAAGCCCAGUUUUCGGAUGUCUACCGGGAGUUUGAGCAGCUCCACAGCCAGGUGAAGAAGAUGGCCCGGGACUAUAUCAGUAACCCUCAGCAGGGUGUCCACACGGCCUUGGAGGUCCACAAUGUAGAUGUUGCCAAAUCUCUUGGCAUCGUCGAUGAGGUGAACAGGUUGAAAGUCCUCAACCCUCCAACGCAGCAGAAUGUCACCAACAUGGCAACCAAGAAUGUCCGCUACAUGGAGAAUUCUAAAAUGUUACCUCCAACGAAGAGAUUUAAAAUGGAAAACCGGGUUGGUGUUCAAAUUCAUCAGAACGGCGUUGAGACUUCCAAAAUAGAAUCCAGUGAGGCCAAAGUAGAGAACACCGCAUCAACAAGCAUGAAGGACAAUUCACCACAAACUCAGGCGCCCACCAAGAGCCCCGCGGGCCCUCAAGCCACUCAGACUGCUGUCGUCAAACCACAGGUUGUCUCAUCUAACCCAGAGACAAAUGUAAUACCCAUGGAACUGAUCCAGGAUCACUUAUCCAACAGCAUGACAGAGUCAAUUGACUCAGCGGGAGGAGAGGAGACCAUGGAGACAGGUCAGGGUGCGUCUGGUACGGAACCAACCAAGGUCCUGAGCACCAGUGACAUGGGCCCUCAAGCCACUCAGACUGCUAUCGUCAAACCACAGGUUGUCUCAUCUAACCCAGAGACUAACGUAACACCCAUGGAACUGAUCCAGGAUCACUUAUCCAACAGCAUGACAGAGACCGUUGACUCAGCGGGAGGAGAGGCCAUGGAGACUUGUCAGGGUGUGUCUGGUACAGAACCAACUGAGGUCCUGAGCACCACUGACAUAGCAGAUCAGAUGAAAGAGUUAGAGAAGGCCUUGGCCACAGACCCAGUCCCAGUAGAUCAGCAGCCCAGGAGUAGUAGCACUCAGCCGCAUCAGCCCAACUGUACCCUGGUCCAGGAGAGUGGCCUGACCCAGGCUGUCUCCAGCGGAGGCCAGGUAGUGGUUCAGGAGACCCAGGAAGGCCAGGAGAUCUACAUCCAGACCGAGGGGCUCACCAUGCACCUAGCAGAGGGCCAGGAGGGCGACAUGGCCUCUGAGCGCAUCGUCAUCGUCAACGGGCCUGACGGCACCACCAUGCACAUCCGCGCCCCUGAAGGAGUCCCUCUGGAAGCAGUCCAUGCCCUGCUUGGUAUUGAGGCUGAGGGGAAAACACAGCAGUGAUUUGUUGUUUCUCCAUGUUCAACCCCCUCAACUUCACCCAUAUUGAUUUCUUACUUCUGGUGGAUUUUAUUGUAUUCCAAGUGUUCUUUAUGAAUUUGUAAACAUUAUUUUCGAUGUGGUGUUUUCAUAUUUAGACAAAUUAUUAGCCCUUCCUUAAAAGUGUUUAGUUGUUUGUGAUAUGUUUAUAUGUAGAUAAAUAUCAAAAGCAGUUUAAAAAAAGUUGCACUAUUUUAUUACUUUUUAUAUAUUUGGGUGUAACAUUUUCCAAACAUAAAAUAGGUUUGUAAUACCAUGGGACAUUUAUUCAAUGGAGGGGAAACUUUAAAAGAAAUCGUAAAAGUUGUGGUUUUAUUCAUUUCCAUGUUUCAUUUGUGAUUCAUUGUUGCAGUACAACCAUUUCAUAUACUGUACAGUUUAGCUCAUUUUCCUCUUAAUAAAGAAUGUGAGAACAAA